CUGUCCGCCGCCGAAGUGGCGUCACACGCACGCGCAGGCAGCGCCAGGCGGAACCGCGGAGCGCCGGAACCUCCGGCCGGGGCCCCGCGUCAGGCGGAGAGGUCCGUCGCGGAGCGGCCCCCUGCGCUGCGCGGCGUAGCGGGGCGCGGCGCCAUGAGGCUGCCCGCGCGUUCGCUCUGUGGAGCGGCCGGGGCUGCCUGGCGGGAGAGGUUUCCCCUGGGCGGUCGCGACGUGGCGCGCUGGUUCCCGGGCCACAUGGCCAAGGGACUGAAGAAGAUGCAGAGCAGCCUGAAGUUGGUCGACUGUAUCAUUGAGGUCCAUGAUGCCCGGAUCCCAUUUUCAGGCCGAAACCCUCUGUUUCGGGAGACGCUUGGGCUUAAGCCUCACUUGCUCGUCCUCAACAAGAUGGACCUGGCAGAUCUGAAGGAGCAGCAGAAAAUUUUACAACACUUAGAAGGAGAAGGCCUACAAAAUGUCAUUUUUACCAACUGUGUAAAGGAUGUAAACAUCAAGCAGGUCAUCCCGAUGGUCACGGAAUUGGUUGGGAGCAGCUACCGCUAUCACCGAGGAGAGAACCUGGAGGCCUGUGUCCUGGUGGUCGGGGUCCCAAAUGUGGGCAAGUCCUCCCUCAUCAACUCGCUCAGGAGACAGCACCUCAAGAAAGGAAAAGCCACCAGGGUGGGCGGCGAGCCUGGGAUCACCAGAGCUGUGAUGUCCAGAAUUCAGGUAUGUGAGCGGCCACUGACGUUCCUUCUGGACACUCCUGGGGUGCUGGCUCCUCGGAUCGAAAGCGUGGAGACGGGCCUAAAGCUGGCCCUGUGUGCUGCCUGUUUCCAGGAACCGUGUUGGAUCACCUGGUGGGGGAGGAGACGCUGGCAGACUACCUUCUCUACACCCUCAACAGGCAUCAGCUCUUUGGCAGUGGAACCGCAUGAAGGAGGCCCCAGUAACCAGCUUACUGGCCUUGCUGAUUCUUGCAUCUGGAGCAGCUUCAGCCAGUCGAGGCCCUCACGGUGGGCCUGCUUUCCUGCUGAGAUGCCUGAUCAUUCUUGCUGGGAUGCUGGGCAUUUUGAACUCUACUUUUUGGGUCCCGUGAAAAUCCCUGAGCCUUGUUCAGGCACAGUUAUCUGGAAACAGUUUGGUGCUGUGAGGCCUGGGGGUCUGGAACAGCUCCCCUGGCCGAGGCAGGGCCCUGCCUGCCCCAACACUGUGGGUCCCGAGGCUUCUGUCUGUACUUGCCUGUGGGUGCGGCCACAACCCCUCUGCCUUUCAGCCUGGGGCGUUUCCUUCCUCCUGUGAGUAGCUCCUUCCUCUGCUGACAGUCAGAGGGGCGCUGCCGGCUCCUGGAACCCCGGGUAGCUGUGUCCUUCCUGUUCUCCCAUGCGGCCUUAGCCACCUGCCUCCCAGCACCCUGCCCUCCAGCAGUCCCUGGGGACGUGGGCUCCAGCACGGCCUGUGUGCUGUGUCUGCCUCGCGGCCUCAGGUCUGCGCCUUGGAAACCGUGGCUUUAUGUCUGUCUGGUCGCCGCUUCUGUUCUGCUUGUUUCUGGUGGGGGCGAACCCAGGACUUGUUCCUGUCUUGCACGGCGUUGUACUAUCAGAUGGGAUUCUUUUGCUUCCUGUUGCGGCAGUUUGGGUCUCUGCUGUUCUGUAGCAUUUCUGGAAAGCAGCAGCUGAGUCUCUGCCAGGAGCAGCUCCAGUGGGGGUCCUCCCCGGGGCCUGUCUGUCUCCUGGGGACAGCUUUUGGGAUUGCUGGGACAGAGGAGCCUGUGGGCGGCUGCUCCUGGAGGUCUGAUGUAGGACCCACGUUCCUCAGGAUUCAGACGUCCUCUGAGGCAGGGGCUGUGAUGUGCACAUGGGGUCCAGGCCUCAUCUUCGUUUGCUGGGCCUACAGCAUGAGCAUGACUUCCUCAAGGCUGAGCCCUGCCCCCCAGUGUGGGUCAUGAGGCAGAUGCUGCCAGAUCUGCCACCGAGGAGGUUCUGGGUAGGGAAGUACUUGACUGCUGUGUCCCCACCAUGGGGCUGUUGGUCCAGGUGUCUCCUGGAUCCUGGGGGUCAGGGAGGUGCUUGUCUGGGGGGGUCCAUCAGAUCCGAUGUGCUCAGCCACGGUGGCCUUUCCCAUGAGGCCCAGGCCAGUGUUGUGGGGAGUAGGUGUCCACAAGAGUUGCCGGGCAGGUCUCAACAGUCCUGGUCUGUGCUGGUCUGCAGGCUACAGAAAUGCUCGUUAGAUGGACCUGUCCAUCCUCCAGCCAAGGGGGACAGAAGUCGAUCCUGGCUACACUGGUCCUGCAUAGCUGCCCUGAGACACCCACACUGCAGACUGGACGUGUCUCUGGGGCCUCUGAGCUGACCUGGGGACCUGGGCCCAGGCUGUCAGGGUGGGUGGACAAGGCAGUUGUUCCCCCCCUUGUAGCUGAGGGCAGCUGGCCAUGGCCACACAGGAGGAGAUGCCAGUGAGUCUACCUUGGGCUUUCUCAGAGUCCAGACUCCCAUGCCCACCCACGCCCAGUAGGGGUCCUUUGUGGAGCCAGGUGUGACCUCGCGUGGGCCAGGCUCUGGCUCCCAGUCACUGACCAGUGGCCUAU